AUGAUACAGAACGUGGCAUUCCAUACUGUGAGUGUUCCUGUACAAACUGGGCAAACACCACCCCUUUUGCAGUAUUUUGGUACUCUCUUGACCAGAGGAAAGCUUAAUGCUUUUGAGUCAUUUGAACUAUCACGUCUUGUUGUGAACCAGAACAAGAAUAAUUUGUUGGAAAAUUGGCUAGCAGAAGACAAAUUAGAAUGCAGCGAGGAGCUAGGAGAUAUUGUGAAGGCUAUCAUUAUGGAAUUUGUUAAUUACACAGUCCUGUGUUUCUUUUCUCUUGGCAAUAAUUUAGUUGUUUACUUCAAAUAA